GUACUCAUAGACUGAAGAAUUGCUGAGAGAGAUUCUCGCGAGUUUGCCGGAGUAUUUAGUGGUCUGUAACUUCCCAGUUGAGAUCAGUCGUGCGAGAGGCAAGCUCGUGGAAACAGUGCUCAACAGGUGUGACUUUUCCCUCUUGGUGGAUUAUUACCUAUCCUAGAAACCUGUUCUCCAGCAGAGACUCCCCAACAUUCCAAUAUGCCGAAACAGCUGGUGAUUUUCGGCCUCAUUUGUACAUUGAGCUUUACUAAUGGAAUGGGAUUAUCCCUCGAUGAUUUGAUAGCACAGAGUGGAUUUAAGCCCGUGGAUGCCGUAGAUUAUAUACCAAGUAGCUCGAAUCUCGAUCCUACAACUCUCCUGAGGAGAGAUGUGACCAGUGCUUCUGCUCUGCAACAUGAUCACACGUCCAAAAAUGUCCUGAAUUUGGCUCAUAAAAUUGGAAAAACCCUAUUGACUUCUGAGGAUACCAAAGUAAUUGUUUACUCUCCAGUUAGUAUUGCUGGAGCUCUUCAGCUGGUUCUCUUAGGAUCCAAUGGGGAGACUUACAAUGAACUUCUGCAACUUCUCUCAGUCGAUGAUCCUAGGAGUCUGCACAAAGAUUUCGGGGAUUCGAUUAAUGAUCUGCUAGCCACAAGCGUUGAUGAUGUGAAUGGAGGGAAUGAAAGGACGAAUACAAUAACAACAGGAGCAGGAUCUCUAGAUCAUCGAGUGUCCAUCGUCAAUGGAAUCUUUGUUCAAAAUGGUUUUUCUAUUCGACCUGACUACAGAUCUGUUGUGGAAUCAAUUUAUAGGAGUGAAAUCACUGAAUUGGACUUUGAAAAUCACCCUGAUCAAGCUGUUUCCUUCAUUAAUGACUGGGUAGAGAAGUCGACAAACGGAAAGGUGAAGAACAUCGUGUCUGAGUCCUUGUCUACAGAUACUAGAGUCAUUAUAGCAUCAACUCUAUAUUUCAAUUCUCGCUGGAAGGACACAUUCAUUGAAGGAGGCACUAAACGCAGGGAAUUCUAUCCUGAUGGCUUAUCAGGACGACAUAUCGUGGUUGACAUGAUGUCAUUUGGUGGAAGACUUCCGUACUACUAUGCCAGAGAAUACAAUUGCCAGAUAAUUGGUGUUCCCUACAAAAACAAUCUCAGCACAUUCUACAUUAUCGUACCGGAUGACUCAAACGCUUUUAAGCUGAGGCAACUUCAGAAGGAUCUCACACCAGAUAAGAUCGACUACAUGAUUUCCAAGAUGACCCUGAAUACCUCAAUCCUACUCCUUCCCAAAAUGCACCUAACGUCUGAGUUCAAGUUGAAAGAAGUGCUCAGUCAACUCGGGGUUAGAACGCUGUUUGAUGAACAUUUAGCUGAUCUGUCAUUGAUCACCGAUCAGGAUAUUUAUGGAAAAAUCGGCAAGCUUGUUCCCUCGGCUCUUACUCAAGCAGGAGGCAAUGCUGCUUCUAAUCAUCAUCAUCAGUACGAAAACCGCGAGGACUUCCUGAUCUUCUCGAGAUUACGGGGUGACGACGAUGAGGAUCACGAUGAGAUGGAUAUGCACAAUGUCGAUAGUCACCGAAGGAAGAGAGCUACAUAUAAAGUGGCCAGCAAGUUUGAUUAUGAAUCUGAACCACUAACCCUCAAAGAUUUUGUUCUGAGGAAGAGAAUCACAAAGCCACAUGCUGAGAAGAAGCUCUCACGAUCACGAAGACAAGUCCCAGACGUUGAAAGUUUAAAAAAUCUUUCUGAACUUCGAAGCAGGGUAACCAACAACCCCGGACUCUUUGCCAGCGAAGUUAUCCACAAAGUUGAUCUCACAAUUAACGAAAAAGGAACGGAAGGAGGAGCUGCCACUUUGACCUUCCUUCACAAAACUGGCACAGAUGUUGUGUUAAGGGUCAACGUGCCAUUCAUGUUUCUCAUUCGCAAUGAGGCAACGAAGCUACCACUCUUUUAUGGAACUGUCUUUGAGCCUCAAGAACAUCCCUAAAGAACAAACCUUUUUUUUAUUUAUUUCAAAUAAACUCAUCUUAAGUUUGUGUACAAAACAGCGGUAGUUUAAAAACAAUAAAUGGUAUUUUCCAGUGAUCUAUAUACUAAA